UAACUUUUUUGUUUGUACUGCUUUUUCCUGAUUUCCUUUUUUGCCCACUUGAAGCCUGCCACAAGUGAGUAUAUUGUUAGGGACACUGGAAAUUGCAGCCCACGGUACAUGAGGUGUACUAUUAAUCAGAUUCCAUGUACUGUUGACCUAUUGACAACCUCGGCAAUGCAAUUGGCUUUAUUGGUCCAGCCUUUAGCUCUUCCUCAUCCAUCUGAAGAGCCCCUCCAGGUGGUUGAUUUUGGUGAAAGUGGUCCUGUUCGGUGCUCUCGUUGCAAAGGCUAUAUAAAUCCUUUCAUGAAGUUCAUUGAUCAGGGAAGACGUUUCAUCUGUAACUUGUGUGGACAUACCGAUGAAACUCCACGUGACUAUCAGUGCAACUUAGGUCCAGAUGGCAGGCGUAGGGAUGCUGAUGAAAGGCCUGAACUAUGCCGAGGAACUGUUGAGUUUGUCGCUACCAAGGAAUAUAUGGUGCGAGAUCCGAUGCCCGCUGUGUAUUUCUUCCUGAUAGAUGUUUCCAUGAAUGCCAUACAGACUGGUGCAACUGCAGCUGCUUGCAGUGCGAUCAGCCAAGUUAUUUCUGAUCUCCCUGAUGGUCCUCGGACAUUCAUUGGAGUUGCUACAUUUGACUCAACUAUCCACUUUUACAAUCUCAAGCGUGCAUUGCAGCAGCCAUUGAUGCUUAUAGUCCCUGAUGUCCAAGAUGUUUACACCCCACUUCAAACUGAUGUUAUUGUGCAGCUCUCAGAGUGCCGUCAACACCUAGAGCUUCUCCUAGAAAGCAUCCCAACAAUGUUCCAGAACAACAGGACUGCUGAUUCAGCUUUUGGAGCUGCAGUCAAGGCUGCAUUCUUGGCAAUGCAAAGCACUGGAGGCAAACUUCUUGUGUUUCAAUCAGUCCUGCCAUCUACGGGUAUUGGAGCCCUUUCUGCUAGAGAGGCUGAAGGAAGAACCAAUGUAUCAGCUGCAGAAAAGGAGGCUCACAAGUUACUCCAGCCGGCUGACAAAACUCUGAAGACAAUGGCUAUUGAGUUUGCCGAGUAUCAGGUCUGUGUUGACGUGUUUCUCACAACCCAAUCUUAUGUAGACAUUGCCUCCAUCUCAGUCAUUCCUAGGACCACUGGUGGGCAGGUGUACUACUAUUUCCCUUUCUCUGCUCUUGCUGAUACUGCCAAGCUAUACAAUGAUCUUCGAUGGAAUAUCACUAGGCCCCAAGGGUUUGAGGCGGUAAUGCGUGUAAGAUGUAGUCAGGGCCUUCAAGUUCAGGAGUACUCUGGAAAUUACUGUAAAAGAAUUCCAACUGAUGUUGAUCUACCUGCGAUUGACUCUGACAAAACAAUUAUGGUGACAUUGAAACAUGAUGACAAAUUGCAGGAUGGUUCAGAAUGUUCUUUUCAGUCUGCUGUUCUUUACACUACCAUCGACGGCCAAAGAAGAAUCCGAGUAUCAACUUUGGCUCUGCCUUGCACAACUAUGUUGAGUAACCUGUUUCGAUCAGCUGACCUGGACACCCAAUUUGCUUGCAUCUUAAAGCAAGCGGCCAGUGAAGUACCGACCGCUCCUCUCUCACGGAUCAGAGAACAAGUGACAAACCUUUGCAUCAACAUUCUGCAUUCUUACCGUAAAUUCUGUGCUACAGUGUCAUCCUCGGGGCAACUUAUCCUUCCUGAGGCACUUAAACUUCUUCCUCUUUACACACUCGCUUUGGUUAAAAGCUCUGGACUUAGAGCAGAUGGACAGAUCGAUAGUAGGUCCUUCUGGAUUAAUUAUGUUUCCCCACUCUCUACUCCAUUGGCAAUCCCUCUGGUCUACCCUAGAUUGAUAGCAAUUCACGAUCUUGAUACAAAGGAGAAUGAUGAUUCUCUUAUUCCUCCUCCUAUUCCACUUUCCAGUGAACACAUUAGCGACAAUGGUAUCUAUCUUCUCGAGAACGGUGAGGACUGUUUGAUAUAUGUUGGGAACUCUGCAGAUCCUAAUGUUAUCCGUCAGCUGCUAGGCAUUUCAUCUGUUGAAGAAAUUCCUGCUCAGUUUGUUCUGCAGCAGUAUGACAAUCCGCUCUCUAAGAAGCUCAAUGACAUCAUUAAUGAUAUUAGACGCCAAAGGUGUAACUAUCUCCGCUUAAAAUUAUGCAAAAAGGGAGAUUCAUCAGGCAUGUUAUUUCUCUCGCACAUGGUAGAAGACAAGACACAAAAUGGACUUUCAUAUGUCGAGUUUCUAGUACAUAUCCAUCGGCAUAUUCAAAAUAAAAUGGCCUGAGAAAAUAUCCAGUUUUGUUCAUGAAUUUUGAUCAUAGAGAGAAGGGGUACAGAUGGUUUCAGUAUGAAGAGGUGCAGAUCGGCUUUAUAGCUCUCUGAGAGUUUUUUAAGUGUAGCGGCGCAUGCUCAAAAUGAACAAACAAAAAAGCGUGAUUUUUAUCUAUAUUCAGAGUGAUGGUGGUAUUGAUUCUGAUUAUUUUUCUUGACGUGAAAUGUAGAAUUAAAUUGGAAUUAGUUUUGUCGACUAUAUUGGCGAUGGUGUUGAAAAUGUGUUUCUUUUGCAUACA